GAAAGUUUUAUUUGACCAUUCCUGAGUCACUGAAACAUACAAAGAAGAGACAUAACUUCCGGGGGAUAACGGUAAUGUUGCGAAAACAUUAUCUUCAAUCAUGAAUUAACACCGAAGUGUCCAAAUUGGAUCUAGUUCACCUCUUGUAUUUAGGUGGACAGGGCGGUGCCAAACAUGUAUGCCUCAGGUAAAUACAGCUCCCGGGGACCUGCUCUUAUCCCACGGAUGAAAACCAAGCACCGUAUAUACUACAUCACACUCUUUUCCGUGGUGUUGCUCGGCCUCAUUGCCACUGGGAUGUUUCAGUUCUGGCCCCACUCCAUAGAGUCCACAGCUGAAUGGACCGUAGACAAACGUAGCGUUCAUGAUGCUCCUUUGGUGCACCUCCCAGUCACAAGUCCUAUUCCGGAGAGGGGGGACCUCAGCUGUCGCAUGCACACGUGUUUCGACGUGUACAGAUGCGGCUACAACCCGAAGAAUCGAAUUAAGGUUUACAUCUACCCACUCCAGAGAUUUGUUGAUGAACUCGGGGUUCCGAUCAGCAGCACUGGACUUUCACGGGAAUAUAACGAUCUCCUCAGUGCCAUCUCGGACAGCGAUUUUUACACUGAUGAUGUCAACAGGGCUUGUCUUUAUGUUCCAUCGACUGAUGUCCUGAAUCAGAACUCCCUGCGAGUCAGGGAGACUGCUCAGGCCCUGGCAAUGCUUCCCAGGUGGAACAAGGGGAUGAAUCACCUACUCUUUAACAUGUUGCCAGGAGGUCCACCAGACUACAACACUGCUUUGGAUGUGCCCAGAGACAGAGCGCUCCUGGCUGGAGGUGGUUUCUCUACAUGGACUUACAGACAAGGUUACGAUGUCAGCAUCCCAGUUUACAGCCCACUCUCUGCUGAUGUUGAGCUGCCUGAGCGACAGCCUGGGCCUCGCCGUUACUUCAUCCUGUCAUCUCAAACAGCCAUUCACCGGGAGUACCGGGCUGAACUCGAACGCCUGAAAGAGGAAAAUGGCGAGGCUCUGCUCCUGUUGGACAAGUGUAGCAACCUCUCCCAGGGAGCUGCCGCUGCUCGAAAGCGCUGUUACAAAGGGCAGGUGUAUGAGUACCCGCAGAUCCUGCAGGAAUCUUCUUUUUGCGUGGUGCUGAGGGGUGCACGUUUGGGUCAAGCAGCUCUGAGUGAUGUUCUGCAAGCUGGUUGUGUUCCCGUCAUCCUCGCCGACUCCUACAUCCUUCCUUUUUCAGAAGUUCUUGACUGGAAAAGAGCUUCAGUGGUUAUUCCAGAGGAGAAGCUUUCAGAGAUGUACACCAUCUUAAAGAGUAUUCCGCAUAGACAAGUGGAGGAAAUGCAGAGACAGGCCCGCUGGUUCUGGGAAGCCUAUUUCAGCUCCAUGAAGGUCAUCGGCCUGACUACACUCCAGAUCAUCAAUGAUCGCAUCUACCCAUAUGCCGCGCGUACAUAUGAGCAGUGGAACAAUCCAACUGCUGUGAAGUGGUCCAGUGUGAACAGCCCUCUCUUCUUACCACUUAUUCCACCGAGAGCACCUGGGUUCACAGCAGUGGUGCUGACGUACGAUCGUGUCGAGAGUCUUUUCCGAGUCAUCACAGAAAUUUCCAAAGUUCCUAGCUUGGCUAAGCUCCUGGUGGUGUGGAAUAACCAGAACAAGAGUCCUCCUGAGGAAUCUCUUUGGCCGAAGAUCGGUGUGCCUCUCAAAGUUGUGCGCACGAAAGAGAACAAGCUCAGUAACCGCUUUUUCCCCUACGAUGAAAUCGAGACUGAAGCUGUUCUGGCCAUCGAUGACGACAUCAUCAUGUUGACAUCGGAUGAACUACAGUUUGGCUAUGAGGUAUGGAGGGAGUUCCCUGACAGGCUUGUGGGUUACCCGGGCCGUCUGCAUCUCUGGGACCAUGAGAUGGGAAAGUGGAAAUACGAGUCAGAGUGGACCAACGAGGUGUCCAUGGUCUUAACAGGCGCUGCUUUUUACCACAAGUACUUCAACUACUUGUAUACAUACAAGAUGCCAGGAGAUAUCAAGAACUGGGUGGAUGCACACAUGAACUGUGAAGACAUUGCCAUGAACUUUCUGGUGGCUAACAUUACUGGCAAAGCACCCAUAAAGGUGACCCCCAGGAAGAAGUUCAAGUGUCCUGAGUGCACUGCCAUUGAUGGGCUGUCCUUGGAUCAGACGCACAUGGUGGAGAGAUCUGAGUGCAUCAACAAGUUUGCUUCUGUUUUUGGCACCAUGCCACUGAAGGUGGUGGAGCACCGGGCCGAUCCAGUUCUCUACAAAGACGACUUUCCAGAGAAACUCAAGAGUUUUCCCAACAUUGGCAGCCUCUGACCAACAUGCACUCUGUGGCCGUUUCUCAACACAAAGUACGACAAGCUUAAACUUGUGAAUCUUUAAGUCUGGACUUGGCAAGUUGAGUUGAAAGAAACAAAUUCUGAGCACAGAAGUUCGGGUGGACGGUGGCCAUUUCUCAAUAUCAAACACGGCAAGUUGGAACAGCAAUGUGCUCGCUGUCCUCAUUGAGUUUUAUUUAACUCCAGAUUAUGAUUGGAACUUAUAUUUAACUGGGACAGUAUUUGGUCUGACAUUGAUGACGUUUUCCAAGUCCGCAAUAACAUAAAAGUAUGCAUAUUGAGAAACGGUCCCGGCACACAUUCAGUGAGCCUCACUUGACUUUUCUACACUGAUGUAUUGACUGUGGCUUCGUGUUCACCCAACUUCACCUCGUUUAAUUGCAAUGCGUGUGUGCUUUGGGUUUCUGGCCACUCAACCCCCCAUGUAACUUAUGACUGAUGAGUGAUCUUCACUGAGCUCAAGCUGUGAAAGGAUCAACACGUGUACAUUUAUACAUAUUGAUUUUACUUGAGGAAUGAAUUGUAGUUGUAACUUAUCAUUCCACAUUCAACAUGUUCAAACAAUUUUGACCUGUGGGAUGUGAAAAAAAUAAAUAAUACAUUUCCUGACAAAUGGACUGAAUAGUUGAUGCUUCUAUGUUAGCGCCAUACAAACAAAACAAAAGAUUAAAAGUUUCCUGAUUGGACAAAACUGCUCUCAAAAAAUCUAAUAUUUAGAUUUUGUGUUGAUCACAAAGUUGUUGCUGAGCUACUGGCUUGUUUUCAAUGCAUGUGAUGUUAAAUUGCUUACACAUAAAAUAUGGCGUCUUUUGAAUCUGUAUACAUUUCUUGAUGCAGUGUUAUUUAUCUAGUUAGGUUUUGUGUCUAUAUCAUUUCUUAUCCUUCAUUCUUUUAAUGUUGAAGUUGAGAUGUUACCGUUGCCUUGCAAUGCCUUUUUGUUAUGUUUAACACAUGAAAGAUCACAGGAACUGAUUUACAUGUUAUGACAGUGUGUAUUCUUAACUUGGUAUAUAAAAUAAAACAAACCCCACAAAAACAAGUCUGAUUUUGUCAGCACUUAGACUUUUGAGUACACAAUGUGAUUGUUGAAAGAUGACGCAAGUUGUAUUUAUAUUUUAAUAUGCGCCUUUGCUUGGAAUCUGCGAAGGUCCCAAUCAGCCUGCAUGACAUUGUCCCCCGCACUCGCCUCCCCGGCCUGUCACCUGUUGUAAGUAUAGGCUGCCUAAUCCACCCCUGUUCAAUGUCAGCAGUUCAAAAGACUGCAGUUCGUAUUUUUGCCAUCUUCAUUUAGCUUUACGUUCUUGCGGGCUGUGCGGUCUCACUUCAUGACUCGUAUACCUUCAAAGGCACGGAAAUGAUCUUUGGAUUAGAGAAUAUUUGGAGUUAGUCGUGAGGGAAAGCGGCACGGAAAAUGAAUAAUGUAAUGCAGUAAAAUACUGCAUACUAGUGUAUAGGUAAUUCAGAUGUCUUCCCAUAUGUUGUAAAGAUAGAACUGACCCUACGAUUAUUCGGGGAAUUAUUUUCAUUAUGUUCAGACUUAUAUUUACCCCUUUUCAUUUGCUGAAUAUGCCGGUGUUCUAACGAAUGGGUAUCCCGGUCGAAUUGAUAUCCAAAGCGCUACUGAGCAUGCACACGACAACCAUACCCCUCGGUGUGAUCACGUGUCAAAUGUCCAUGACUUCAUCUACCAGUUUGACUACGACGUCGUUGCAGUAGUUGUUGCUGUGAGUAAUAUUUAAAAUAUAUCCAUUUUAUAGUGCGUUUCGACCAUGGAUCUCUGUAAGCAUUUACAUAUAUACACGAAAGACUACAAUAGAAUAUUCAUUAUAUUGCGAGAUAAUCGCGUUAAGGACGUUAACGUUGUCUGAUCAGCAUUAAACGUGGGUAGCCUAGGUUUUAAUUGUGUUUAUUGUUAAAGAUAGAAUAUUGACAUUAUCGCGGGAGUAUCUAAAUAUUUAAUAUAAUAAAAUAUCUAAUUAGACAUGUCAAAACGUAAAGUAGAUUUGUUCAACAAUAAGCUGUUAUCACCACUGGGGAGAUUACUUCGACGUAGAGCGCUAGUCGACAGAACACCGGUCCACUUUUUCCCCUCAAAUGCACGUUUGAUUGGCUGAUGACUUGCAUUUAUUUAAAAUGCAUUUACGUUCGACAUUAUUUAUUUUAAAAUAUUUUUAUUUGCAGCCUAUAUAAAGAUUUUUUUCCCCAAAUUAUCUUAAAAUAAUCAUAGUCGAGGUAAAAUGUUUUCAUUUUUUUUGUUGAGUUUAGCUAUGCUUGUGGACAAAAACAGUAGUUUUACCUGACAGAAGGCUCUGUUUUUAUUUAUUUUUCAUUAUACCCUGACUGAGAUUUUUUUUUUUCUCAGUG